GGCAGCUCACUGGCUCCGCAUCUCGCUCCGCGCGCCCUCCUCGGCUUCCGGCGGUUCCAGCCCGCUCGCUGGCCACAGAGACGACCUGACCUGCUGGUGGUGGAAGCCGACGAGCGAGCCGCGAGUGCGUGAGCCACCCAGGCAGCGAGCGCAGCGCAGCCUCACUCUUGGGUUCGGCAUGACGCUGGACACCCCGGCCGCCGUGGUGCUGGAGCUCAUGACCAUGGGGCAGCAGUCCGCGGCGCACCUCGGGGACCUGCUCCGGGCCGCGUCCCCGGCGUCGCCGCCCCAGGAGCUCGCCGCCGAGAUCCUCCGCUGCUGCGGCCGCGUCAUCGACAUGAUCAGGGCCACCAGCGCCGGCCGCAAGAGGAAGGCGGCCGAGUACCAAGCGCCGGCGCUAGGAGCCUGGUCUCCUCCUCCUCCUCCGGGGCCGCCGCCCAAAAGAAGGGGGCGCGGCGCGGAGGCCGUCAAGGAGGUGGUGACAAGCUGCACGACGGUGGACGGCUUCAUCUGGAGGAAGUACGGGCAGAAGGACAUCAACGGCCACAAGCACCCGAGGCUCUACUACCGCUGUGCGCACCGGCAGCAGGGCUGCAACGCCACCCGGCGGGUGCAGCGGACGCGGGACCAGCCCGCGGCGUACGAGAUCGCCUACUACGGGGAGCACACGUGCCGGGGCGCCGCCGCGUGCCAGCAGCACGGAGCGGCCCCGCCGCCCGCCGUCGUCGACUUCGGCUCCAACUCCUUGGGGUCCGACGACGCGGGCAGGGGCUCGCCGGCGGCGUCCAUGUCGCAGGGGCAACAGGGAGGCUGGUCGCCGCCGUCGGUCUCGGCGUCGCCGUCGUCGGAGGUGGAGCUCGAGCUCGAGGGCGCCCACGCGCACGAGUGGGAGUGGCACGACCCGGCGACGAUCGACGAGCUGAUCGGCGCGACUCCUUACUACGGUUCGGAUCCGGUGACGGAGUUCCUGGACGGGUGCCUCGGCUGGGAGGCCGUCCUCAACGAGAACGACCCCCUCGACCUCCCUGGUCUCCAUCACUUUGCUAUGUUUCAGUAGCUCGAGCAGCUCAGCUCAGCUGUGGCUGUGCUGUGCCCAGUCUGGGCAGGACAGUAGAUUUGGAUGUGGUCGCCGUCGCUGUAGUAGAACGUCCGACCGAGCAGUAAUGAGUGGCAACCCCACGAGCCUCUCUCAGGCUCUGUUGGUGAGUAGAGCCAGAGCACACCAGUUUAGUUAUUUGGUUUCCAGUUAGUAUCUUCUUUCAGCAGAGAGAUUUGAUUGCCGUUUGACCAACGAGGUUAUCGCAUGGACAUGCUAAUACAGAAAUACGUAUGGAAUACGUUCUUUAAGAAAAACAAACAGGAAUGGUUGAACAUAUAGCGAUCUCGGUGGAAAAGAUUCUU